GGGAGCUGCAUCCCCAUGGAUGCAUCCCCCACCUCCCUGGGCAGCUCCUGGCAUGAGCAGCAUUUAUGCUGGAAGGAGGGGUGGAUUAAAUCGGGAAUUUGAGGUUUUUGGCCGGGAUUCAGGGGCGUGCCUUGGGAUUACUGCCCUCCAUCAUCAUCUUCACUACUGUUUCCUGUGCUCAGUUUCCCUGGCUGCUCUCCCCCAUUCUGGACAGCCCUAUUUGCUCUCCCUGGCUCUCCCUUUUUCCUUUAUGAACGUCGUUUCCCUGCCCGAGCACUCAUCCGGCUCGUGGCCUUGAUGUCUUCUGUGGCAUUUGCAUAUAAAGCUCCCCACUGUCACCCAGAGACCCCCAGGAAGAUGCCAGGGCUGAUUAACCGGGUGACCCUCUCCCGGCUGCCCCUCAUUGCGUCCGAGGUGACAUCCUGCGUCAGUGGCUAUGCCUUUGGGAUGACAGCCCUGCUCACCUACCACAACCCAGACCCCCAGGCUUUGGAAGGCCUCUUUGUGUACCCCUUGGAUGAGGGCACGACUGUCGUGGGAUUCGAGGCAGCUGUGGCCCGGCACACUGUGACAGUGCAGAUCAAAGACAGAGCCAAGAUGGAUGACACCUACUUCAACAGCUGCAGCCUCCCUGCUGGAAGAGAUGGUGAUGGAAGUGGAAGGAUUAUGAUGGAUGAGGACCUGGAGAGGAUUGUUUUUGUGGCCAACCUGGGCAUAAUUCCUCCCCUGGAAAGUGUCUCCAUCUUCAUCAGCACCUCCUCUGAGCUGCAGACACUACCCAGCGGGGUGGUGAGGGUCCUUCUGCCAGCUGUGUGUGCCCCCAGGGUCCCCCAGCCCAGCCUGGAGAAUGCCAGCAGCUUCUCCAGCCACCAGCUCCAAACCAGGGACAAGCACCCCUGUGGACUGGGGAGCCCAGAGCAAGGGAGCAGGUUCUGCCUGACUCAGCUGCUGGACAGUGAGGCCACCAACCCCUUUGAGUAUGAAUUCAGCUUCCACCUGGAGAUCCGAGGGCCAUGUUUGCUGGCAGGAGUUGAGAGCCCCACACACGAGAUCCGAGCAGACGCCGACCCCUUGGCUCGCUCUGCCAAGAGCAUCGUGAUCACACUGGCCAACAAACACACCUUUGACAGACCCGUGGAGAUCCUGAUCCAUCCAAGUGAGCCCCACAUGCCCCACGUCUUAAUGGAAGAGGGUGACAUGACCCCUGCAGAGUAUGAACGACACCUGAAGGGGAAGAACGAUUUCAUUAAAGGCACUAAGAAAGACCCCAGUGCCAAGAAAAAGAUGGAAAUCAUCAGGAAGCGGCUGAACAAGGACAUCCCCCACCACCCUGUCAUCAUGCUCAACUUCUGCCCUGACUUGAGGACUGUGCAGCCAGGCCUCCGGAAAGCCCAGGGAGAGUUCAUCUUCCUGGUAGACCGCAGUAGGAGCAUGAGUGGUGUGAACAUCAGCCGUGUCAAGGAUGCCCUGUUGGUCAUUCUCAAGAGCCUGAUGCCAUCAUGUCUCUUCAAUGUCAUUGGCUUUGGAUCCACCUUCAAUACCCUCUUUCCUGUCAGCCAGGCCUAUUGUGAGGAGAGCCUGCUCAUCGCCUGCCAGAGCAUCAGGAGGAUCCAAGCUGAUAUGGGCAGCAUCAACCUCUUAUCCCCCCUGAAGUGGGUCAUCCGCCAGCCCAUGCACAGGGGCCACCCCCGGCUGCUCUUCCUGCUGACGGGCGGGGCCAUCAGCAACACCGGGAAGGUUCUGGAGCUGCUGCGGGACCACUCCUGCUCCACCAGGUGCUACAGCUUUGGCAUCGGGCCAAAUGCCUGCAGGAGGCUGGUUCGGGGUCUGGCUGCCGUGUCCAGGGGCGCCUCCGAGUUCCUGGCGGAGGGCGAGAGGCUGCAGCCCAAGAUGAUCAGGUCGCUGAAGAAGGCGAUGGCACCGGUCCUGAGCGACGUGUCCGUGGAGUGGGUCUUUCCUGAGAGCACUGAGGUCUUGGUGUCCCCUGUCAGCAGCAGCUGCCUGUUCCCUGGUGACCGCCUGGUCAGCUACGGCGUCAUCUGCGACACCUCCCCAUACCUCUCCACCCCCAGAUCUGACAAGAGGCGGCAGUACAGCAUGAUGCAUUCCCAGGAGUCGGGCAGCUCUGUUUUCUUUCACUCCCAGGAGGAGGGAGCAGGCUUGGAGAGCUGGAACCAUUCCAGAGACUCAGAGGGGUCGUGCCCCGCCGAGCGCUCCCCCGAGCACCUGGGCGUGGGCAGAGAUCCUGGGGGAGAGUUGGACACGGACACGGGAAUGGACGUGAAGGCUCUGUCCAGGAGACGGGCGUACAGCACCACCCAAAUCUCCGACCACGAGCCUCGCAGGAAAGUGCCCACAGCCAGCGAUCCUGGCACAGCCCUGGUGAAAAACCCCCUCCGGAAAACCCACCUGCAGGACCUGCAGCAGCUCAGCCCCGAGCCCUGGCAGGCGGAUUUCCAGCCCCUCCCAGCUGUCCCGCACAGCUCUGCCACCAGGAUCCGUGGCACAGGCGCCCGGCGCCCGGCCCUGCUCCAGCACAGCUGUGUGUCCUUCUGCCACGACGCCACCCCCCCGGCACUGCCAGACGGGCUGCAGGAAGCCCCGGCAAGGGGCUUGGGAGCACUCGAUGCCAUCAGGAGCCUGUGCUCCUCAUCAGACAGCCGGAGCGCUGGGGAUCUGGAGUCUGCCCAGCAUCCAUCCUUCACCUUUGAGACAGAGACCUCCUCUGACUGGGAGCCCCAGGACCUGGAUAUCGGCGCUGCCUGCAGCUCCCCAGGCUCCCCCAGGGCCCUCUGCAAGGCAGUGGUCAAGGGGCUGAGGAACAAUGAGCCUGUGCAGUGGGAAGUCACGUUUGAUAUCCACCCUCUGUUCCGGGAGCGGGAGAGCCAGGAGGAUGGUGACACAGACCUGUGGAGUGAGACCUUCCACCACCUGGCAGCCAAGUCACUCAUCCAGGACUUCGAGCAGCUUGCCGAGAGGGAGUGUGAAAUCGAGCAUGGGUCUGGGCGACGGUUCCAGCUCAAUGCUGUCCACACCAGCAAGGCCUGUAACAUCAUCAGCAAGUACACAGCCUUCGUGCCCGUGGACCUGAGCACCAGCUGCUACCUGCCCACCCUGGUCCAGUACACCCACACAGGAGCAACAUCCAAGCAAGGCAACUGGAGGAAACAGAAGAGUUCAGGAAACAGAAGACAUCGUGGCUGUUCCCCUGGGCGUCCUCAGUCAGCAUGUGGCCAGAACGGAGACUAUGGAUUUAACAGCAUGAUGCUCACCAGACAGGCUGGGGCUCAUCUCCAUGAAUGGCGAGGAAGCUUCAAUUUCUCCCAAACCCCUGAAAUCGCGGGUAGUACUGCUGACAACGCUCGGAAGUUAAUUGGCAGCCGUACCGCGGAUGCUGAGGAGAGCAGCCCCUCACCCUCCAGCACCCUGUCCUCAUCUGCCUGGGAGCACUGCCGUGUCCCUGAAGGGCCUCUCCACAGCCUGUCUGCUUCCUCUGCACAAGCCCAAAAGUCCAUCGAGAGGCUCUUUGCUGCUAGGCUGACCCUCAAUAAAACCAUGCUGCUGGUUCGAGCUGCCAAAGGCUUCAUGAAUAAAUCCCCAAGCAAAGCCGGCUCUGAGGGUGACAAUGAGAGCAUGGACUACCUUCCCCUGGUGUCCCUGCAGCUGGCCUGCGGUGCCUUCCUUCUGAAUUCAGCCUUCUGCGAUGCCAUCAACAUCCCCAUGGAGAAGCUGAAGUGGACAUCACCCUUUGCCUGCCACCGCCUGUCCCUCAGCCCCUCCAGCUCCUACAGCACCAAGAGAAGCAGUCCCUCCUCAGAGCACAAAGUCCUGAACUGCACCCAGCAGCUGCUGGUCCCCAAUGGGCAGGGGAAGGGCCCCACCGCUGGAGACCUGGCUCGGGGAGCAGUGCCGGAGGACACCGGCCGCCUUCGGCACCUGUCGGGCGGCACGGCCGAGAGCAUCUCCAGAGCCCUGAAAGCCGAGAAGGAGCUGUCCCCCCCGGCCAUCACCAUCCGCAGCUUCUCCUCUCCCGCCGACAGCGGUCGGGGCUGGGACACCGACAGCUCUGAGCUCCAGGCUUUGCUCUUUGAUGUGGAGCUGCAGCAGCAGACGGAGCCCGAGGGGAUGCUGUGGGCCACGGCUGUGGCCCUGGCCUGGCUGGAGCACAGCUCAGCUUCCUACUUCAUCGAGUGGGAGCUGGUGGCUGCCAAAGCCAGCCUGUGGCUGAGCGGGCAGGACUUCCCGGAGGGAUCCAGCCUGGCCAUGGUGAAAGCUGCAGCCCAGCAGCUCUUUGUGCUGCUCCGUCACUGGGAUGAGAACCUGGAGUUCAACCUGCUGUGCUACAACCCAGGCAGUGUGUAAGAGGAGGAGGGGGGAGGCUUGGGCAGAUCAGUGAGAGCACAGGAACAGGGAUUUAUCCUUAAGGAAAUGCCUCCAAGGAGCUCAACUCCCCUGCUGCAGGGAUGUAUGUGUUUAUUAGAGCAAACCCUGCAAACAGAGCAGCCUGGGCAAAAUCCUGCACUCAGCAGUCAGGAUUUUGCCCUGGAAGGGAACCUACCACUGCCUGCAGUAGAUGCUUUUUAUUUUCAACUAGAUCAGCACUUCCAGCUACAGCAGUUCCCUCUGAUCCUGGUUUCUUCUGGUCCAAGCCUGGUCUCCAGAGCAGAUCUUGUGGUCUGCUCCACUUUCCCUGUCCUUACUUAGAUGCCUCUUCCAGCUCUGAAUCACUGCCAAACCCCUGCUGCAGCCCCUCAGCCCCAAAUCCCUGCUUUCCUGAGGCUCCUGCCUGGCUCCUGCCAUCUCAGGAUGGCUUUCAGAGAAGGUAAAGGUCCGACAACAUGCUCAUCUCAUGGAUAAAAGGGAAUCUGGGCUGGGAAUGAGCAUGUGAGAGCAGCCCCGCUGUCUCAGCCAGGAGGAUGGAGCCCAGCCACACACAAGCAAUCCAGGCCAGCUGGAGGCUGGGACCAAACCCCAUCACAUCCACACAGUGCUGGGCUCCCUCAGGCCCUCUGCAAUCCCAGCAGGAGUUUGUGAGAUCCCUUGCAGCCAAUGUGUGCCUUUGGAGCUUCACAGGCAGAGCCAGGGUGCCCGGGAUUGAAGUGCCUACAGAGGGAGUUGCGUGCCACUGUCUCCAGAGUGGCUGCAAUGCCCCUGGAGCCUGUCUGGAACCCACUGCCUUUUGCUCCCUCCCUUGGCAUGUAGCAGCCUUGCCUGGCCCAGCAGGCUUCUGUCUCGUGUCUGUGUAGGGGUGACACAGGAGGGAAACCAGUGCUAGGGACGAUGAGCACCCCUCCGAUCUCUCUCUGGUGUCACCUCUCGAAGGUCCCCAGGACCAUGCUCCUCCAGAGCAUCCCUCUGGUCUCUGCUCUCAUUGUGGCCUCUCCGGGGUCCCCAGGAUUAUCCUUCUGGUCUCUGCUCUGGUUUCACCUCUCCCGGGUCUCCAGGAGCUUCCCUCUGGUCUCUGCUCUCAGUGUCAGCUCUCUGGGUUCCCCAGAACCCCGAGCACCUCUCCAGUGUCUGCUUUGAUGUCACCUCUCUGAGGUCCCCAGUGUGGCAAUGCUCAGUGGUGCUGCAGGUGCUGCAGGUUCACCGGCCGGGUGCCUCGGCACAGUCGUGUUCUCUGUUGUUGCAGAAGUGUUGUUGUCCCAGUAAAUCACAGCCUGCUCUA